AUGAGCUGCAGAAUUCACCCAUCCGAUCUCGGCGCCGGCGUCUGCGCCUGCUGCCUACGCGAACGACUUUCCAACCUCUUUGCCGCUCACCCAGAUAAUGGUGCCGCGCCAUCACCGGCGAUCAAACAGAAGCCGGAGCCCUGCGCUGCCCCGCUACUCUGUUCUCGAUCCGGACCUCACGACUCCUUCGCCGCCGAUGACUGUCACGGAAACCGCAAACCAUGCCCCAAUAAGGCGAUAUCCAAUUCUAUCGUUCCCAAACCCUCGGUAUCUAAUUCAUGGCACUCGGCACUAAUUCUAUGGCAGAGGAAGAAGAAUAAGAAGAAAUCGACGCAGACCUCGCCGGGCGCUGAGGAAUUCUCCCGUGGGAGAACGAAGAAGCCGCACAUACGGCCGGUGAACGCAAGAGGAAUGUCUCCGGCGUCGAUUGACCAAACGGAAGAGGAAGACGGACGUCGUCUCUCUGCGAAUUCGUCAUUGAGACGAAAAGCACAACGGCAACAGAGUCCCUGCAAGUUAUCUAGUUAUGCGCUGUGCCUGAACCCGCUAAUGCGGCCGAGUCCCGGCAAUCAACGGAACCAUGCUUUAGAGACAGUGUUCACCGGCGAGCCCCGGGGAACCUUUAAUCCGCGUUGCAGCGGGGCCGGAGCAGCUGUCCCUGACGCCUGCUCCGGUCUGGUGCCGAAUCGGUCGAGGAAGCUUGUGGAUUUGGGUAAGGUGUGGUGA